ACGUUUUCAGCCGGAAAUAACCUGCAGGCAUGGCGCGUUCCGGUGUCGCACCGCUGCCGACGAAAGGGCCGCUGACGCACGCGAUCCCGAGCAAGCUCUCGCUCACCUUUAGCGACACGUCGCUCGAAGGCCAGUACGAGCGCACCCAGUGGGAUCGGUACAGUGUCAAGCGCGCGCUUGGCGGGACGCUUGGGUUUGUCGCGGGUCUCUGGGGGGUCGUGCUCCUCGCCAAGAACGAGUUGCUCUCUGUCUACCACGCGAGCGCCACCGCGUGGGUCCUGCCAGUCGUUGGCGGCCUUCAAUGUUGCGUCUGGGCGGCGUACGCAAGCUUGGUUUUCUGGCGGCUCGAGCUCCGGUAUGGGUGCGUCCUUCGGUCGUUUCUCGCGCUGGCGACGCUGGCGACGGUCGAAUUGCUCGUCUUCGGCACGAACCAGCCGACGUACCUCAUCACACUCUUUGCCGUCGUCGUCGCGCUCACGUGGCAUCUGCCGUUUCUGGAGUUUGUCGUCUUCAUUGGCGUUGUCGUCGUCUCGAGCGGGGUGGUCUGGGGCGUCACGUCCCAAGAUUGGGUCGGCUUCGUCGUCCACGUGAGCUUCCUCGCGGUUCUCACGCGCGACUACCAUGAGCGAAAGCAGACGCAGCGGCUUCGCUUCAUGCAGACCAAGACCGACUUGAUCGACACCGCCGAGCUGCCGAACCCAAGCGCGCACAGCGGCAUGGAGCUCGUGCUUGAGACGCUCUGUCAACUGCGCUUGCAACACCCGACGACAAAGGCGCUCGACGUCGUGCUCCAAACACUCCUCUCCGAGACCGAUUUGUUUACAACGUUGCCAAUACAAACCGGCGGCGACGACCAAGAAGUCGGCGAGUGGUGGCGGCUCCUCGAAAGCACCAACAAGCGCCUUCGAAAGCGACGCGAGUCGAGUCUCCUCGUCCAGUCGCGGCGCAAGUCGGACUUGGACUUGCAAAACUCGAUCGUGCAGCAAAUCCGGGUCCUGUACCCGUCGGGCUCGCAAGAGCUGCGGUCGCCGACGAUCGCGUCGAUUCCGACGGCCGAGCCAGGCAUGUUUACGCCCGAGUGGCUUCUCAACCACUGUGGGUCAGGCGCGAUCAACAUUUUCGAGCUCUCCCAGCACUGCCAGUACCCCAUGACGUCCAUCUUGCUCGCAACGCUCGCGCACCAGCACCUCUUUGGCACGCUUGGCAUCUCAAUGGGCAACAUUGCCGAGUUUGCCCUCGAGGUCGAAGGCCACUACCACGCCUCCAACCCCUACCACAACGCAAUGCACGCGGCCAGCGUCAUCUGGGAUGUGCACCAACUCAUGGUGCGCGUGACACGACUCAAGCCGCUGCAGCUCUACUCGCUUUUGGUCGCGGCUGCUGUCCACGACGUGGACCACCCCGGCGUCAACAAUACCUUUCUCAUUCAUAGCAACCACCCGCUCGCGCUUCAGUACUCGGACGACUCGGUGCUGGAGCGCAUGCACCUCGCGCGCGCGUUUGAGCUCAGUCGCAAGAACGGGUGCAACCCUUUCCAAAAUCUGUCGGCCGAAGCGCGCGGCCAGUGCCGGCAGAUGAUCAUCCAGCUCGUACUGGCGACGGACCUCGCCAAGCACGUGCAGCACGUCAACCACCUCAAGAGCAAGACGUACGGCACGACCGCCGAGACGCGGUACCUCGACGACGACUACACGAUGCGCACGCUUUUGAUGAUGGCCGACAUUGGUCGUCCUCUUUCUAUUGCCGUCGUCGUCCCACACUAACAGGUUGGAGUAGGCCACGCGAUGCAGCCGUUUGAGCUCCAUCACAAGUGGGCCAACCUCGUCCAAGAAGAGUUUUACCGACAAGGCGACCUCGAAGCGGCGCAGAAGCUCCCGAUCUCGCCGCUCUGUCAGCGCAAGGACGCGAGUGCGACCAAGUUUGCCAAGAGCCAACUGGGCUUUUUCGAGUUUAUCGUCAUGCCCCUCUACUCGAUCGCCGCGGCGGUCGUCGAGUUCACCGCCAUCCAAGACGUGGUUGACAACGUCGACGCCAACGCGGCUGCGUGGAGGAGGCAGGCCGACGCUGACGCCGCGGCCAUCCCAGACAAAAGUAGAUAGCAUCCAAGACGCGAAUAAAUAUCUCAUCUUUGCAGCCA